AAACAACUGUUGUAUUCUAUGAUCCUCAACCUCCAACUCAAACCCCUCGCUUGAAAUUCCUGUUUUCUCGUUUUGAUCUCUCUCCAUCAUCCACAGCUCCCUUGAUGUUUUCCCCCCAUCCGACAAUCACGACGGUAUCAAGUUGGACCAUGGCAUACCCAAACGACUCUAUACUCCCUCGAAACCAAGUAAUAGUGUUAACCGCGGCUGGCCGGCCACUACUAUCAAGGCCCAAAUCUCUCUCCCUCAACAUAGCCUUCACCAACUACGCCCACAUCUACUACAGGAUCCCAAACCGCCACGAACCUCUCCCUCCCAAACACAACAGGUACACAAACCCCUUUCGUCUCUACAACGCAGACGUCUUCAAAUGUCUCUCAGACUCCUCUACGGCUCGAUCCCACUCAUGCAUGCGCAUUCUGCAACGUCGACAGUGGCUGGUCUUCAAUACCAUGGCAUUGGACCCAGGACACAUGAAUCGAGUUGGAGAUACCAUGCUCAUAUUAUUUAGAUCGUUUGCCCGUUUUGAAGCUCCAACUUACCUGCUGGGUAGUCCGUGGCAAAUUUACAGCUGACGAGGUUUUCGAGCGUUUUGUCAUUACGUUCUUAAGUUAUGAGGCACUCCUCAUUCCGACGUAAUGAUCAACGUGAUGAAUCCUAAAGAACUGCAUCGCUUCUCUGAUUGCCCGCAUCCCCUGCAGGAUCGUUGCUCAUCAACGGCACUGACCGCAUGAGACAAGAUUGAGGUGUAAGUUAUCCAGUCGUUCCCAAUGAUUCAUUUGUUCCCUCGCCUGUCAGCAGCAACUGCUUUACGCGUAACA